UUUUUCCUGUGUGGCUCUCUCCGAGCCCGUACGUUCUUUCUCGUUUGUGGUCCCACCGAGUCGGGUCACAAGACAGCUUCCCCAAAGAAGGCACCGGAAAAGAUGCCAGCUACGGCCGUGGAGACGGCGGGUGCCAACGGUGUGGCCGACAAGCUGGCCUCUGCGACGCUUGUCGAGAGCAACGGCAAGGAUGAGAGUGGAGCCGAGGACGAGGAAGAGAAGAAGGCAAAGGCCGCAAAGGAAAAGGCUGGUGUGGCACAGGUACAGAGCGAGCCACCCAGGGUGGGUCUCACAAAGAUCUUCCUCGAUGGGUGCUAUCCCAUGGGCGAGUUCCAGGACUAUGAUGAGACCAAAUUUACCGAUGACACUCGUUCUCGUCGCACGCCAGAGGAGCUGCGUGAAAGGGAACGGUUGUUGACAGAGGGCGAAGGCAACAACCUCAACCUGAUUCGCAGGGCGGCUGAAGCCCACCGACAGGUGCGAGCGUACGCCCAAAAGGCCAUCAAGCCCGGUAUGUCAAUGACCGACAUCGUCCACGUCGUCGAAGACGGGACCAGGGCCGUGAUCGAGGAGGACGGCUUCGAGGCCGGCAUCGGUUUCCCUACUGGCGUGAGCCUCAACGAGUGCGCGGCCCACUACACGCCCAAUGCGGGCGACAAGCGGAUUCUCCAGCAGGGCGAUGUGCUCAAGGUUGACUUUGGCGUCCAUGUCCAGGGGCGCAUCGUCGACUCGGCCUUCACGCUCACCUUUGAGGACCAGAGCCCCUGGCAGCCGUUGCUCGACGCCGUCAAGGCGGCCACAAACGAAGGUGUCAAGCAGUCGGGCAUCGAUGCACGGCUCGGUGAGAUUGGUGCCUCGAUCCAGGAGGUCAUGGAGAGCCACGAGUUUGAAGCUCUCGGCAAGACACACCAGGUGAAAUGCGUCAAGAACCUCAACGGACACAGCAUCGACCGGUAUCGAAUCCACGGCGGCAAGUCGGUGCCAAUCGUGGCGGUGCCCAACCUGGACCAAAAGAUGGAAGAGGGCGAAUACUUUGCGAUUGAGACUUUCGGAUCCACCGGCAAGGGCUAUGUCAUGGACUCUGGCGACUGCUCGCACUACGCUCGAAAGGUGAACCCGCCCCAUGUGAACCUGCGUGUGGCCUCUGCGAGGCCGCUGCUGCACACCAUCAACAAAAACUUUGGCAGCCUGCCCUUCUGCCGGCGGUAUCUCGACCGCCUGGGCGAGAAGAACUACCUGCUGGGUCUCAAGCACCUGGUCAGCCAGGGCAUUGUCCAGGACUACCCUCCCCUGUCCGACAUUCCCGGCUCCAUGACGGCCCAAUAUGAGCACACAAUCUACCUGGGACCAUCGAAGAAAGAGGUCGUCUCGCGGGGUGAGGACUACUGAUCUUUGCUAUCGUGCUUCCGUCCUCCUCUCUCUCUCUCUCUUUCUGUGUGUCUUUUGUGUAUGCGUCUAUUUUCUUCAUUUUUGAUCCGGAAUAUCUACAAAAAAAAAGUCCUCGAUCUAAA